AUGUCCCAGUUGCGCUUUUGGGCCCUCUGGCUUCUGACGUUUGCACCCUUAUGGAUGCUAGUUCAGGUGGCUCCCCUUCCGGAGUGGGCCAGGCGCCCUGUCCCACUGACCUCCAUCCCCCCAGAGCUGACUGAGACUUGGUCUUUGCGCUCCUCUGAACUGCCACCUGGAUCACCCCAUGCGUUUAAGCGCCCGGCAGCCGCAGGGAGCUUUGGUUACCUGGGAUCCUCCGCUGCCUUCCAGAUGUUGGUCUGGUUUCGGGAAUUGGCCAAGAAGCUGAUUCCAUCGCUGGGCCCGGAUUCAGCUCAAGAACUGCCCCCAGAGCCGGAUCGGUUUGCGGUUCUGCAUCGGGAUCUGCGUGACAAGCUGGCUCGGCCACAAAGGCUCCCAGACAUGGUUCCAGUGCAAGACUGGCAACAGAAUCAGGCCCUGGUUCUGCCUCUUAGACUGAAAAGUAAGAUUCAAACCGUAGACAGUGAGAGUUCAAAAGCAACCAAGUUUGUUGUUUCACCCCGGAAGAGAGAUCUCACUCAGCAUCCGCGGCUUGCCAAGAUUCUUGGAAUUCCAGACACAUUUGCAUCAAAACCUAAGCAUCCGAAACAAAUCUUGCAGGAUGAUAAUGGAUUUUCAAGUAUGGAUAUAGAUUAUCCUGAAUUUCCUCGAGAAUCCCAGAGGGACCCAGAUGAGCAUCUAGAGGCCCCCGAGCCAGUUGAAACUAAUCAAUUACAGCAAGAGGCUCUAUCUCAAAACCUAGAGCUCCCUGAAGAGAUCCAAUCCUCUCCACCCCAGCAAGACCCAGCUCAGCCUCCACAGCCUCCUGAGCAGGAAGAAGCUUCAACCCAACAGGAGGCCCUAGCUCAGCCUCCAGGCCCUGCUGUGGAGGCCAAACCAUUUCCCAGUGAGCAGGAGCAGGCAGCUCAGACUUCUGAGUCUCCUGAGGAGAGUGAACUUUCUCAAACCCAGCAGGAACAACCAGCUCAGUCUCCAGAGCAUCAUGAAAUGACGGUUUUACCUCUAGGUCACCAACAAAGUCAGCAUUUAAGCUUGCCUGGUACCACUACUAAACCUCCAGAUCUGCAGAUUACCAUAACAGCAGAACCUGCUGCAGAGGUGGGAACUUUUCCAACUUACCAUGAGUCUACUGCUCAGCCCUCAGUGCCAACUAAUGAUGUGGAACCUUCUACAACCCAGCAGGAGGCCCCAACUCUGCCUCCAGGGCCUCCCGAAGAGGUUGAACCUUUGCCAUCUCAACAAGAGGCUUCAGGUCAAUCUCAAGAACCUAUGAAGGAUGAGGAGCCCUCUCCAGCCCAGCAGGAGGCUGCAGCUGAGCAUGCACAGACCACCGAGGAGGCAGAACCUUCUGCAGCCCAGCAGGAGGCUGCGGCUGAGCAUGAACAGACCACCGAGCAGGCAGAACCUUCGGCAGUGCAGCAGGAGGCUACGGCUGAGCAUGCACAGACCAACGAGGAGGAAGAACCUUCUGUGGACCAGCAGGAGGCUGCGACUGAGCAUGCACAGACCACCGAGGAGGCAGAACCUUCUGCGGCCCAGCAGGAGGCUGCGGCUGAGCAUGCACAGACCACUGAGGCAGAACCUUCUGCAGUGCAGCAGGAGGCCCCAGCUCUGCCUCCAGAGCCCCCUGUGGGUGCCGAACCUCCAGCAGUCCAGCAGGAGCACCCAACCCAGCCUCUAGCACCUUCUGUCGAAGACUCAGUUCAUCUUCCAUUGGAUGAUGAGAUGACAUUUUCACCUCUAGAUCUCUCUUAUAUAUUCAGAAGUCAUGAUUCAACACUGCCUAGUACAACAGUUACACAUGUGGAUGUGGAGCUCACCAUGACUACUCCAGAGCCUAGUGCAGAGGUUGAACCUUCUCCACACCAGCAGGAGGGCCCUGCUAAGCCUUCAGUUCCCACUGAGCAGGUUGAAUUUUAUCCAAUCCAAUCCCAUCCUUACUCCCAAACUCCAGAUUCCCUUGAAAACAUUGAAUUUGAUGUAGCCCAGCAAGAGGCCACAGCUCAGAGUCCGGAUCCUCUUAAGGAGGUAGGCCUUUCUCCAGUGCAACAGGAGGCCCCUGCUGGGCCACCAGAGCCCUCUAAGGAGGUUGAACCAUCCCACCAGGAGACUCCAGGCCUGCAACUAGAACCCCCUAAAGAGGCCGAACCUUCUCCAGUCCCCCAGGAGGCUGCAGCUCCACCUUCAGAGCCACCUAAGGAGGUAGAACCUUCUCCAGCUCAGCAGGUGGCCCCAUCUCAACCUGCAGAACUCCCUGAGAAGGUAGAACCAUCUCCAGUCUAUCACGAGGCCCUUCCUCAGCCUCCAGGUCCCCCAGAGGAGGCAGAACCUUCUCCAGUUCUGCAGGAGGUCCCAGCUCAGGCUGCAGAGCCCUCUGUGGUGGUGGAAUCCUCCCUGACACAGCAGUUGGCCCCAGCUCAGCCUCCAGAGCCAUCUAAGGAAGUUGUAGGUCAACCUCCAAUGAAUUAUGAGAUGACGGUUCCAGCACCAAGUCAGGAUCAAGCUCCAAAUCCAACGUCCAGUAUCACAGUUCAACCUUCGGAUGUGGAGGUUACCAUAACUCCAGAACCCAGUGUGGAGGCUGAACAUUCUACAGCCCUAAAGAAGACUACAGCUCCUUCUGCAAAGCCUCCCAAGGUAACAUAUCCACGUCCAGACCAGGUUCAGACUCAGCAUCCGAACCCGACUCCAGUCACAGCUCAACCUUUCGAUCUGGCACUUACCAUAACUCCAGUACCCACUAUGGAGGCUGAACAUUCUACAGCGCUGAAGAAGACUACAGCUCCACAUCCACACCAGGCCCAGACUCAGCAUCCAAAGUUGACGCAAGUCACAGUUAAACCUUUGGACCUGGAACUUACCACAACUACAGAACAUACCACAGAGCUGAAACCUUCUCCCACCAGGCAGGAUACCACAACUCAGCCUCCAGACCUGGAGCUUCCUGUAACUUCAGUAUCUACUACAGAGGCUGAGUACUCUACAGCCCUGGAGAAGAGCACAGCUCCACAUCCACAGCAGGUGCAGACUCAGCAUCCGAACCUGACUCCAGUCACAGCCCAACCUUUGGAUGUGGAACUUACUACAACUCAGCAUCCAUUGGUGUCUUCUGAAAACUACACCCCAGAAAAGAAUGCCAUGGAGAGCAUCAACCUCUGUGAGCUCUGUGUCUGCAGAGACGAGACACUGUCCUGUACUGGUCUCAGCCCAGAGCAGAGGCUCCGCCAAGUGCCUGUGCUAGAGCCCAAGACCUACAACGGCACCUUCACCAUCAUAAAUUUCCAAGGAAACGCUAUAUCUUCCAUUGAUAAGCAUGCGUGGGAAGCAUACCGCUGGACUGAGAAACUAAUUCUCAGUGAAAAUCAUUUGACUGAAUUACAUAAGGAUUCAUUUGAAGGCCUGCUCUCCCUCCAGCAUUUAGAUCUAUCCUGUAAUAAAAUACAGGCCAUUGAAAGACGCACAUUUGAAGCGCUGCCUUUUUUGAAGUCUCUAAAUCUUCGUUGCAACUUAGUCAGCGAAGUGAGCUUCGGAACAUUUCAGGCGUGGCACGGCUUUCAGUUUUUAAAUGAGUUAACUCUCAAUCAUAAUCCUCUGACUACUGUUGAAGAUUCACAUCUUUUUAAAUUGCCAGCAUUAAAAUAUCUAGACAUGGGAGCAACACAAGUGUCACUUACAACAAUUGAGAACACCAUCCUGAUGACUCUUGAAUUGGAAAAACUGAUUUUACCUCGCCAUUUGGCCUGCUGCCUCUGCCAAUUUAAAAAUAAUUUUGAGGUUGUCUGCAAGACAGUCAAGCUGCAUUGUGACAGUACAUGUCUGACAAGCACCACACAUUGUCUUGAAGAGGCAUCUCUAAAGAAUCCAGAAGGAAAAUUCAUGAAGAUAUUAAGAGCUCGGAAGAAGAACACAAGCACUGAGCUGACGAUUGAGCCAGAGAAGUCAUCCUCAGACAAAACUGGCAUGAACUGGGCAAAUGUGAAUGAGGAGCUAGAUCUAAAUGAUAAAAGUGAAAUUAUACAUGCACUAAAUUACUUAUUAUCUUAUCUACCAGAGGGAAACCUAGAAGAUAUACAAUCAACAUUAUUACCAUUAAUUAAGCUGCUUUUUUCAAAUGGACAGAAUGAAGAUAUGCCGCUGGAUUAUUUGAAAAAAAACACAAAUAGCCCCUCUCUUACACCUGAACCCAACAAUUCACCCUACACAAAUAAAUUGGGGAAGCUCCAUUUUCACAAAAAUUUGUUAGAUACAGAAACUGAAGAAAAAAUUGAUGAGAUUAAGAAGAAAGAAAAAACUGCCAUGCUUAUGCAGUCUAGUCUUUUAGGACCCAAAGUUAAACACCAACUAUUUUUAAAGAAAUUAGAAACUGCCCAACCACAGGAGGACAUCCUGGAAAAACUUGAGAGUAUAGGGAAAAGGCUACAGAGAGUGUACGGAGUCCUCAAGGGGCGAAGAGGCAGAAAGAACAGGCACGUCAAACAAGUGAGAGAUCAGAGCAGCAUUGAGGGGUCAGAGCAUCAAGAGGGAUCAGAGCACCAGAAGAAUUCUGCUGCAGAUUCUCCUGUGACUGCAUUAAAGUCAGUGCCAACUGCUAAACAAUCCAGUGAAACACAAUGGGAAUACGGCAGCCUGGAGACUGACUUACCCCUCAAGCACAAAGACUUCAGUCACCCAUCGCUUUCAUCCCCAGGUGAUCAAUUUGAAUUUCAGCUAAACCAGCACCUACAAUCCCUCAUGUCCAACAGUGACAUGAGAAGGCUCAUUUCUCAUGUUCUCCGGACUUUGAAAAUGGACUGCUCUGAGCCCUAUGUACAAAUGGCUUGUGCCAAGCUCAUCUCCAGAACAGGCUUCCUGAUGAAGCUUUUCAGUGAGCAGCAGGAAGCAAAGGCAUCCAAGGCAGAAUGGGAUCCGGACCAAUGGAAAACUGAGAACUUCAUCAAUGAGAGCCCAGAAGCCCAGGGUGAACAGAAAGACCAGGAGUCACCUGAGCUCACUAAAUAUGUUCCAGGAUAUGGCCAUGACAACAAACUCAUCUUGGCAAUAUCUGUGACUGUCGUAGUGAUCAUUUUGAUUAUAAUUUUCUGUCUCAUUGAGAUUUAUUCUCAUAGAGAAGGACCAGAAGGGUCCCCAGGGGGCUGUUUCAGAUUUCUGCGGCAUAGGAAAUUCUCAAAGAAAAAUCACUGUCAGAAGGGCCUUUUCCUGUUAUGGAAGCCUGUUUGGCUUAGGGAUAUAUAUAAACCACUGAGAGCUACCCACCAGAAAAAUAUAUCCAAAAAGCUGCAUGACAAGACAUCUUCUGAUGAGGAUGAGAGGGCGCUCCCUGAAUCAGCCCGAACAGAGGACUCCGUGUACAUAGAUAUGCCUGACGAGGGAGAGGAAAGCGAGGUGCCCGAGGGGAACACAGAGUGACCCCGUCCUGCCUCAGGCCACCUGCAAAUCUUAUUUUCUAACCUUUCAGCACUGCGUGUAAAAUCCUUUUU